AUGCUCGACAUCUAUGGCAAUGAGUUCAAGAUCCAUGACGCGACCAAGAAGGUUAACAUUGAGAUACUAGCGCCUGUCUGGAACGCAACCGUGAAAGAUACAAGUGAACUCGGUCCUCCUGACAAAAGAAGACGAACCUUGAAAGUGAACGCAAGGGAUGCCAAAGCAACCUGGGUCCUACAAGUGCGGAUGGCGUUUCAAAGAACUUGGCCCGAUUGCCUGGAAUGGUUGGAGGAACAAGACGAUGAUCUUUUAUCCCAGGGAGAGAGACUGUUCAACUUCCUGUACGAGAUAUGCUGUGUGCAACCGGGGUAG